AUGAGUCUAAUAGAAGUCACUAAAGAUCAACUAGAUACAGAGAUUGAAGUAGACCUUCGACCGCAUUCUCCACAAUUAAUUCACUUUGCAUCGUCAUCAGUAUCAUUGAAUGGCAAUCCCAGUUCUGGAAAGCAAAUAAAUAUAGAUGUUGAUGUAAACACAGCUGUUUGUGCAAAAUACACAACUCUGGAGUAUAUUGUGUUGUACCCUUUUGAAGAGCAGAAAAUAACUAUAUCAAUUAACGAGUCUAGUACAAAUGCAGAUGCAGAUGCAGAUGAAGAUACGAAGCCAAAUACUACAAAGUGCAAGGAUUGUGAAAGACGCAUACCUGUUGCUUCAUUUGUGCUUCAUGAGUUGCAUUGUACUCGAAACAUACUCAAGUGCAAGCAAUGCUCAGCUAUAGUCCCGAGGGACACAAAUCUUGCUUUCAGUUCGCCGCCUGCCGCUACCCAUCAUGGAACCUUUACGUGUGACCAGUGUAAAACGCAUGAGUUUGAAAAUUAUUUUGAAAUGGUUAUUCACCAGCACACUAGUUGCGCACUGAAAUUGCAUAUUUGUAGAUUUUGUCACUUAUCGGUGCCUCAAGGAGAAGCUGAUUAUGUCGACAAGACAUUGGGGUUAUCGCAUCAUGAGACAGAAUGUGGCGGGAGAACAGAUAUUUGUCCUACAUGUAACAAUAGAGUUAGGUUGAAAGACUUUGCCAACCAUUUACAAUUGCACAAACUCGAGUUGCCAAAAACUUUUAAAAUGUGUGCAAAUGAGCAGUGUGUUAAUGAAGUUGCAGCUAAUGCUAGUAGUGGUAACAGUGGUGCUCACGUGUUGCAAUUGUGUGACACUUGUUAUGGACCUUUACAUGAAUGGAGAGAAGAUCCUCAGCACCGGUUAUUGCAAAAUAGAUUGGAGCGAAGAUACUUCUUGCAGUUGGCUACGGGGUGUGGGAAUCUGUACUGUAAUAAUCCAUACUGUCGGAUGAAUUUAAAGAAUGGUGCAACAAGUGUUUCUUCGCCCAGUACCAAGGAAGUUAUGAAGCAAGUGCUUUUGUUGAUGCAAAAAGUGAAACAUCCUCAAUUGCCGAUGAAUAAGAGUCUUGAAGCAAAAGAAGGUAGCGGAAAUGAUAAUUGGUUUUCUUUUUGCGUGACGAGUGAAUCAAUGGCAAGGAAAAAGAUUUUGUUUGACAUGUUGCUGAGCGAAGGAGAAUUCGAAAAGAGUGUAAUUUUACAGGCAUUGAAACAAGCUGGCGACAAUGAAGGAAACGUUAGAGAUUGGUUGUUUAACAAUGCAGAAAAGAAGAGAUAA